AUGUCUCGGCUACUAAAGUUACUGGAGCGUGGUAACAAACCACCAUUCCAUCUCUACACAUCGCAAUUGCCAUACACAGCCACGGUCAGCUCUAUUCAGCGACUGACUAGAGACGGUCAAGUGUCCCACAUCGUCAUUGACCACGGCGGUAAUGUUCCAUUCUGGGAAGGCCAGAGCUAUGGAAUUCUUCCCCCUGGCGAGAAUUCAAAGAGGCCAGGAACACGCCAUCCAUACCAUUUGUACUCCAUUGCUUCUUCUAGGUAUGGCGACGAUCUCAGCGGGAGGAGCGCGAGCUUGUGCGUGAAGAGAGCGAUCUAUGUUGAUCCUCAAACCGGGGAGGAAGAUCCGAGCAAGAAGGGCGUUUGCAGUAACUUCUUGUGCGAUUGCAAGCCGGGUGACAAGGUCGAUCUCGUUGGUCCGUUUGGGAAAUUGAUGCUAUUGAAUGAGAGUAACCCGAGUGAUUCUCAUAUCAUGGUUGCCACUGGGACGGGAGUGGCUCCAUUCCGGGGAUUCUUGCAGAGAUUACUCGAGGACAAGAUGGGUUCUCGCAAGUUUGAGGGAUCAGCCUGGCUUUUCAUGGGAGCUCCAACAGCUGGUAGACUGCUAUAUAAUGAAGAGUUUGAGAGAUAUGCAAGAGAUCGCCCUUUGAGCUUUAGAUAUGACACUGCUUUGAGCAGGGAAAGCUGCAAUAAGAGGGGUGGGAGAUUUUACGUGCAAGACAGAAUGGAGGAGCAUGGAGAAGAGAUCUUCAAGCUUCUGGAUGGAGGCAGCCAUAUCUACUUUUGCGGCCGCAAAGACAUGCUGGUGGGAGUGGAAGCGGUGUUCGAAGAGGUUGCAAGGCGGAUGGGAGAAGAUUGGCGUGGCAAACUUGCGAAACUGAAGAAAAACCGACAGUGGCAUGUGGAGGUCUAUUAG